UGCCGACUGGUUGCUCCCGGCAUGUCAAUCGGAGAUGAAGAGGCGAGCGGAGGCAGCGGGCCACAAGGGAGCCUUUCGGUACGGUGAUGGGGUCGACGAGAUCAACACAUCGAUUUCGAGCGUGAAGAAGCCAGAAGCUGUAAGGCUUCUCCUGGCCCAGGACGCGUGGCGUGUAUCCAAAGGUCUCGACCCUGACUGGAAGCAAGCUCCGCAGGGCACCCCGCAAGCGAAGAGGGCGGCGAAGGAAGCGAAGGCGAAGCUUGCUGCCGAGGAGGAAGGGCGCAGGAGGAGAUGCCGUUCCAGCGGGGAUGCGGCAAGGUUGUGCUUCAUCAUGUUCUCGGACGAGAUGUACGAGAAGGUCACCACCAGCGAACAGGCGCCCACGGAUCGAAACAAGCGCGACAACCAUGCCAUUGGGGUGAACGAUCCAGACGGGGUUUGGGAUGAGAUAGUUGACCACUUCGUAGACCAAAAAUUGAGGCUCGGUGGGGUACGCGCUGGCAGCCCCAAAUCACACGACGGCAGCACUGCACCCGGAGUGCCUAAGAUGUGGGAGGCGCUUCAAUCGCUCGACUAUGACGAUCCAGCGAAAAAGUGGAGGGAAGAAUGGACGUUCAAGGAAGGGUCACGGAAGGGAGAGCUGGACAAGGCUCGCGCCCGCGAGAAGGUGAAAGGCUGGUGGACGGACAUGCGUGCGGAGUUGAGGGACGCUAAGAAGAAGAAAGAGAAGAGUGGGAACAACGCUGAACACUACUGGUCCUUCUGUAACCAGAAGCUGUACGUCCUGCUCAUGAUGGACUGGUACGAGCUGAGGGGUGGCGACAGCGCGAACGAGCACUGCGCAAGGUACUUCAGCGUGAGGCUCAGCGAGGAGGAUGGGGAAGCUUUCAACACUCUGUCCAUGGAAGACGAGCAGUCUUCCAGCGAUUCGGAUGAACCGCCCGCUCCGAAGGGGAAGCCGCGAGCGCGGAAGGCGAGGGAGAAGGGGAAGGUCAAACCGGAAGAAACCUUGGUCCAACUUGUGGACGCAUUCAAGACCACAUCAAACAACAUUGCAGCGGCGAUGAACAAGAUUGCGGACAACGACGCCGAGAAUCCCGUGGGUAUGUUGAUUGCUGCCAGCGAUCGCCUUGAUGACUGUGACGAGAGGUUGAAAAAUGCGAAAGAAGAAGGAGCGUCCAAAAGAAAAAUUGAAAGGCUCACUCAAAACCUCGCAGUAGCGCAGGAGGAGUACGACAAAAUCUACAAAAAGACCAGGCCUGCUGCAGAGAAAGCGGCGGAGGAAGAGGAAGAAGAUGAGGAAGGGAGUGAAGUUUCGUAGCGAUUUGUCGUGAAGGCCCUUCGGACGAAUCAAACCCGACUUCUUCCAACGACGCAUGAAGAGGAUGUCUUGUCGUUUUGGGUUUGAUUCACACGGCAUAGGUUGGGUACAUGCAUUUUUCUGAGUAUGGCUAGUUUUUUUUCCGUUGUGUGCAGCACGAAGGUAGGGCACUGCUCGUGGUGCAUUCUGUAAGCGCGUGUGCACUUCAGCUGGUUCAUGAACAGCAGUCCAAGGGUUCAUCGUGCGCCCCUUCCCACAGAAAAGAGGGAGAGGCCGUUUUUUUUUACAUGUUCGUCGAUGUCCAACGUACAGAACACGCCCGCAAGUAAGAAAAUUUUUAGGUAGGAAAAUCAAGCUCAGAUUUUGGCGAAAAAUGAGAAAUUCCGGCUAAGAAACACAGCUCAAUCUUGGGAAAGGAGUAAGAAACACCCGAAUAAGAAACUGAGGGCAGGAUCACUCUAAACCACAAGAAACGAAGUGCAGUAGAGAGAGCGUGAAAAAUAAGAAACGGCCGUUGACGUCCAGUGACAAUCCCUAUUACCCCUUGUGGGUGUAAUUUGUUGGUGUGUGGGUAUGGGUCGCUGGCUUUUAUGCGAACUCCCCCCGUGCCGCGCGGUCCGCACGUGGUGCGUGGUGGCCAAGUGUGGCCUGAUUUCACAGUUCUGAUGAAGACAGACAAACGCGGGCGUUGUUGCGUGGGUACUGGAGGUAGAGCAGGAGGAGGCAAGGAUCAAGGCGUCUAGGAGGCGACAACCCCAAAUGUUCGCCGCACGGAGCUUUCGGCGUAAUGUCGGAAUGGCUGUUGGGUCCCUCUCUUUCAACUACAUCGUGCGGUUUGUCUUUUGGAGAAUGCCACUA